AUGAAGCUGUUCGUAGUACUCUCCGCAUUGAUCGCCGUUUGCUGUGCUAGGCCACAGCAAUAUGGUGGCUCCCAAGCCGGCGCCAACGCCAACGCUAAUGCUGGCGCAGCAGGUGGAGGAUUUGGUGGUAACCCUGGCUUCGGUGGUAACCCUGGCUUUGGUGGUAAACCUGGAUUCGGUGGUAACCCUGGAUUCGGUGGUAAUUCUGGAUUCGGUGGUAACCCUGGCUUCGGUGUUAACCCUGGUUUCGGUGGUAACUCUGGAUUCGGUGGUAACCCUGGAUUUGGUGCAAAUCACGGCGGCGGUUUCAAUAGAAAUCCUGGUUUCACCGGCGGAAAUCCCGGAUUCGGUGGCGGCUUCGGUGGAAACCCCGGAUUUGGUGGCGCCAACGCUAAUGCCGAUGCCAACGCCAGUGGAUUUGGUGGUGGCUCUUCUGUAGCUAAUGCCAACGCUAAGGCGAAUUCCUUUUCUAAUGGUUUUGGUGGAUCCAAUGCGGCUGCAAACGCCGAUGCUAGCGCCAAUAGCUUUGGCAAAUAGAU